GUGCUUUAGGUAAACAAGGAAGUGAGCGUUAGCCUCUCAGCGGGCUGAAGCUAAUCGUCACUGCGGGUGUGUGCGUGUUAAUGUCCGUACGGGCCACUGAAUUUUCCAGCACGCAGUAGAGGGGCGAACUUGAGGAGCAUGGCGCCCAGACGGAAAUUUGAUUUCAAAUUCAAAGAGAGGGUUUUGCAGUACGCGGAGACACAUUCAAGCGAGAAAACGGCAAAGUACUUCAACAUCGACUCAAAAAGAAUCAGGGAUUGGCGUAAACAGAAGGACGAGCUGCUAUUGGCCGACAAGGGGAGGGCGCGGCUAACCGGAGGCGGGAGGAAGAAGCUUAGCGUGGAGCUGGAGGAAAGGCUUUCAGAGUGGAUCUACUCGAUGCGGGACAAACAUGACAGAGUGUCAAGAAAUAUGAUCAAACAUAAAGCGCUGGAGAUCUACCCCUCGGUGAGCGACGGAGGCAAGAUGUUUGUGGCUAGCGCGGGUUGGCUACAAAGAUUUCUAAAGCGCAACGACCUCUCACUUCGGCGCCGCACGACCAUGACCCCGAAAGAUCCGAAUCUACUCACCGAGAAACUGGUUUCGUUUGUCGACUACAUCGGAAAGGCGGUCCGCUCGAAAGGGAUCUUAGAGAGCGACAUCAUUGCGAUGGACGAGGCCACGGUUUGGUUUCACACGGCGUCCCCGGCUGCAGAAGGUGUGAACGGCGCGGCCCCGAAAGCCACAGGACCCGAGGACAGCCAUCUCACCGUUGUCCUCGCCGCCAAGGCCGACGGCACCAAACUGAAGCCGUACAUCGUGUUCAGAGGGGGCGCUGUGGAAGCGAUGGCGAUGCAGCAGCACGUCUCUGGCGCGGUCAUUUCCUCGUCAGUGAACGGCUGGAUGAACGACGCCCUCACCGCAGACUGGCUCCAGUCCGUGGUGGGGAAGUUCAACGCCACGCCGCGGCUCCUGGUGUGGGACUCGUACCGCUGUCACAUCGGAGCCGCCACCAAAGCUGAACUGAAACGCGGCUACAACAUCACGACAGCGGAGAUCCCGGGAGGCGGCACUAAAUACGUCCAAGCCCCCGAUGUGAUGUGGAACCAGCCCUUCAAGCAGAGUCUGCACGACGCCUACGAUCGGUGGGCGGCCGGGGACGCCGAUAAGGACUACGCCGCCGGUGGGAACCUGAAAGCCCCCGCACGCCGCCUGCUGGUGGACUGGGUGGUCGCAGCCUGGGACAAGCUGGACAAGGACAUGAUCAGAGAGUCGUUCAAAGCUUGCGGACUGUCCGUGAAAAGUGACGGGAGCGAGGACGACCUCAUCCUCUGCUUCAGGGAGGGGCAGCCCUGCGCCGCCGGGCGGGAGGCCCUGACCCGGCUCCGACAGCAGAGCUGGGAGAACUGGUGCCAGGCGGCCCAGGAGGCGGAGGAAGACGAAGAGGAGCUAUUUAACAAUGAACUUGUUGUUCUUGAUGAUGAGGAGGAGGAGAACGAUGAUGAUGAUGCCUCUGUAGGAGCAGCCAUGUCUGUCAUCAAACAAACUCGCGGUGAAGCGGGCGGCGGCGUCGCGGCUCACCUGCAGUGCCCCUUCUGCGGCCAUUUCUCCAAGAGCCACGCCCACCAGCUGUCCCACACGGCGGCGUCUCACCCGUCCUGCCUGGACGACGUGGCGGUGGGUCGCCUGGGAAACAUCGUGCUGUACCAGAGCACCGCCCGGCUGUUCCACUGCUCCGACUGCUUCUUCACCUGCCGGGACUUCACCAAGCUGUACAAACACAUCAUCUCCAAACACUGCAUGGACGAGAGGGAGGGGGGAGGGGGGGAGGAGGGGGAGGAGAAGACGGGAGAGGAAGGGGAGGAGGAGGAGGAGGAGAAGACGGGGGAGGAAGGGGAGGAGGAGACAGCGGAGGAGGGGGCGGAGAAGACGGGAGAGGAAGGGGAGGAGGGGGAGAAGGAGGAAGGGAAGGACGCUCUCAAAAGAAAGAGGAACAGUGAGGCUGAGGAGGAGGAGGAAGAGGAGGGGCGUGGUGAAGUUGGCGCCUCUCAGAGACCGGAGUCGGCCAAAGCAGACAGCGAAGGCGGUGAAAGCGUGCUGAUGUUCGACGGCGCCGGUUACUGCUGCCUCAUCUGCGGCUGGAAGACCAAGCUGAAAGGUCUGGGCAUCAACCACGUGGUGAGGAAGCACGACAUCCCCAAAGCGUACGCCUCGCAGGCCGUCCGCCGGGACACGGCUGUCCUCAAACAGGCGCAGGGCGGCGGGGCGGCGGCUGAGGAGGAGGAGGCGGCGGCCGGGCUGAGCGGAGAGCUGCUGAGGGAGGAGAUGGAGGCCACGGCCAAAGUGGUCCGUUUCACCUCCAACCGCUUCGUCUGUCUGAUCUGUGGCUGGAAGACCAAACUGAAAGGUUUUGCCAUCAGUCACGUGGUGCGCAGCCACGACGUCGAGCGUCCGUACAGCUGCAAGGAAUGCAAGCGCUCCUUCUUCCUGCCCAGCCGGCUGCAGCAGCACGUCCGAGCGGCUCACCGGCCCGGACGCUACGCCUGCCCCUUCUGCUGCUUCAGGUCCCACUUCCUGGGAGGCUUCAGGAGGCACUGCAGCCGCUGCAACGCCCGGGAGCAAGGGGAGGAGGGGGGAGGAGGAGGGGGAGGAGGAGGAGGAGCAGGGGAGGCCGAGGAGGAGGAGAACGAGGAGGAGGAGGAGAUUGAGGACAGGAAGGAGACGAGAGGGAGGAAGAGGAGGAGGAGAGGGAGGGUGAUAGUGGAAGAGGAGGAGGAGGAGGAUGAUGAGGAGGACUGAAGGACUCCUGUUGUUUACAGUUAGAAAGCACCGUUUUCAGUUUCACAUGAUCAGGUCCAGGUUUGUAAAGUCGACCUAAACGAGACCAAACGUCUGAAUAAAGUGGUUUUCUACUGAGUUCUCA